UAUAUCCUGUCUGGGUUGGGUGGUUUAAUAGGGGCUCAAAGCAGGCGACGGGACAGGAAUGAGAGGAUGGAUGCUGGCAAGAGCUCGGAGAUCUGCUUUCAAAUCUGGACUCGUCCCAGCAGGGGGAAAGGCUAGAAAUCCGGGACAGGGUGGAGACGGCCGGCCGACCCGGGACCUUCCGGGGCCCUGGAGAGGGUCUGAAGCGCGCGGAGCGUCUGCGGGACUCGGUGCGACCGCCCGUGAGCGCCGAGGCCAGCACCCCGCGCCCCGCGCCAGCCCCGGCGGCUCCUUCACUGGGAUUUCUCUCCGAGGCGUCACUGCCGUCCCAAGUCCGGGGCGCUUCUUUGCUGCUUCCUCCCCUCGGCGAUCCGCUCCGGGUCCCCCGGCUUGGCCCGGCGCGCCCCGAGCGCAGCCCCCGGAAGUGCGCGCCGGCGGCCCCGGCGAAGAGCCUGAGAAGCCAAUUGGGGCCAACCAAGUUUCAGAACCUCUACUGCUUGGCACCAGAAUCACCAGGGAUGAACUGUAUUUGCCAGAUGAUCCUCUGUUCCUGACAGCACAUCCUCCCCAGGUAGCUAAGGGGAUAAUGAGUUUUUACCCCCCUCUGCAUGCUGCGUAAUGAGAUAGUCACUUGCACAGCAGCUUAUGCACCGGGGUCUACUCACUGCUGCUACUGAAGUAUAAGAUGAAAUCUGUCAGCCUUGGGCACAUUUCAUUUUAUACACUCAGUGAUUACAUGCAAGAUAAAUGAGUGGACUCAGAGUUCCAGAGAAUAUGAUUUUGCAGCACUGGGAGUGAGGUUACCUCUAAAAUGGAAGCCAGUGAAAAUAAUGUUCAAUGCAUAUAAUUAGCCAUUCCAUCUAAGAGAUGGUGCUCAUAGGCUGUCAUCUUCAUCAAGAGACCAGCGUCUGUUUAGGGACACAAAAUUAUGGGAUGUAAGUGAUGGACAGAAGCUGUGUUUUUUCAAUUGUGUUGCAGUUUGUCAGUAAUUAGUUGAAGGAGCUUUGAGUCAGGAAUGAGAGAAGGCCAUCGGAGAGUAAGAUUUGUAAGAAUUGGUGGGUUCUGUCCAAAGAGAAUGUGCUGUGAUGUUGGUUGACUGGACCUGGAGUGUCCUCUAAGCAUGACUUCCCCUAAGUAGUGUGGGGUUAAUCCAAUGGGUUAUCACCAGGAGAAAGCCCUAGCUUUGAAAAUAUGCAGCUCCAUAGUUGUAAUUUUGUCCUUGCCAAGAUAAUCCCAGGAUCCGGUUGUCUACAAGAGGACCUGCUUUAGCUCUGGUGCUAGCUGACUCCCCAGUUAUGAAUUAAUAAACUGCUACUGGUAGAUGUAUUCCCCUUGAGGGCUUCAUUACUGUGAGCUGUUCUGGUCACUGGGAAUAUUGAGUUACUGGCCUAGAGCUUGGACUCCUGUCCUGAUCAAGGCCUGCCAGCCCUCUCUCUGACACUGUCCCAACAGUACUGGUGAUGCAUACAUGCUUCACAAACACUGAGAGUCACUUAGACUGGUAAAUGAAGUAAUGAUGUUUGUUUUAGAAUCGGGUUUCUCCACCUUGAUACAUUCACAUUUUGGACCAGAUAGUUCUUUGUUGUGAGGGACUAGGCUGUAUGCUGCAGAAUGUUUAGCCUAUUCUUCCCUCCUGCCCACUAGAUGCCAGUAUUAACACCCACUGCAGUUGUGACAACCAAAAAUGUUACUGCACAUAGCCAAUGUCCCCUGUGGGGGGCUAACUGCCCGAAGUUGAGAAUCACUGAUUCUAGGAGCUAGCCAGCGGUAAGGGACUUCCCUGAGGAACAGACCACAAAAUUGUACUUGGGGGUGGAUGAGUGCUUCAUGCCCCUCACCUUCAUAUUGGUAGGUGAAUUGGUGAUUGUUCUCCAGAGAAACAGAAGCAGUAGGGAAUAUAUAUCCUACCACUAGGAGAUACAUAAGAAGUCCCAGGGUCUGCCAUCUGCAAGCUGGAGACCCAGAAGAGCCUGUGGUAUCAUUCAGUUCGAGUCUGAAGGCCUGGGAAUGAGGGGAGCCGAAGGUGACAGUCUAAACUGAGGCUGGAGAAGAAGAGAUGAGCUGUCUCAACUUAAGCAGUAAGAUAGGAAAAAGGAGGCAGAUUCCUCCUCCCUCCAGCUUUCUUUCCAUUGGGCCCUGAGCAGCCUAGAUAAUGCCCACCCACAGUGGGGAGGGUGGUCUGCUUUUGUGAGUUCACAAUUUCAAAUGCUAACCUCAUCUGGAAACACCCUCACAGACACACCCGGAAAUAAUGUUUAAUCUGGGCACCCCACGGCCUGUCAGAUUGACUCAUAAAAUUCAUCACCACAGUAAGAGAUGCAAAAAGGUUUUAAUGAUAGGGCAGAUCACCAGGGGGAGGUGUCUAGAGCUACUUGGACUUCUCAUCUCUAUUAAGGGAGAGUCAAGGAGAAGGUUUGGAUUUAGAGUUUGGCUCUGGUGUUGAUCACUUUUCUAACUUCUGAAGACCAUGCUGUCCUGAGCAGAAUCUCUUCUGCCAAGCCCUGCCCUCCCUCUGUCUUGGUCUCCUCACUAAGGCGUCCUGUAACCACCUGGAGAACUGCCUGAGCAGCAGGGCUGGUGAGGACUCGCCCUUGUACUCUAGGUCAGCUUUAUAAAGGAGGCACUAAGUGCUCAGGCUGAAGGGGAAUCACAGAGGUCAGGUAGAGCACUUUGCAAACUCUACUGGGCAUUUUAUAAAAUGGGAAUUUGAUUCUAAAAAUCUCGGGUGGUGUCCAAGAUUAUGUAGGUCCAACAAGCUCCCAAGUGAUGUCAAUGAUGCUGGUCCUUGAACCAUACUUUAAGUAGUAAGACUUUAGACCAGAGGUCUGAAAACAAUGGCCCAUGGACCAAACUGGAUCCACUACCUAUUUUUGCAAAUAAAGUUCUGUUGGAACAUAGCCACACUUGUUCGUGUACAUUUUGGCUGUGGUGGCUUUUGUACUGCAAUGGCCAAGCUGAGGAGUUGAGACAGAGACUCCAUUGCCCAUGAAGCCUGAAAUAGGUACUCCCUGGCCCUUAUAGUAGAGAUGCUCUGACCUCUGCUCUAGGCUGACUUGUGCCACGUGGACCAACUAUGGAGGAUCUUCCUGGUCACUCCUUUGGAUGGAUCAUCCAGAGGUUACCUUUCCUUACCCUUGGCCUGUCUUCUUCGUCCCUCUUCUUCUUACCUCUGGCUCCUGCAGCCCUCCCCGUUAGUGCCUGGGGCAUGACUCAGAAGAAUUUCUGUGCCACAGUGAACUUUCCAUCUUGUAUGUGAUCUUCUCAUUGUCCUGACAAAGUGUUCUGCCUGGCACCCCACUCAGAGCCUGUCAGCCCUGGUAUUCUUUGGUCGUCUAGGUGAAUCACACUCAGACCUGUUUAGAAACACCCUCAGAGACUUAUGCAUAUAAAGCUCAUGCCUGAAUGCUCUAUUUGUUUCUCAGCCAACCAGCAUUUCAUCAGGCACCAUGCUAGAUUUUCAAGUGACAAGGAUACAUCAGAUGCCUCUUCAGUCUAGGGAAAAACCUGUAAACUGAUCAUUCAAUUACCAUAUCGUGGGUGCUAUAUUAGAAGAGUAUUUGGAUACUUUGAUUGCCAAAGAAAAAGGUCUGGGUGAUGUAGAGCUUCACUGCAGUGGACCUUUCUUUUUUUCCCUCUCAGUCAUGAAUUUUUAUCAAAUUUUAGACAAACACAUUUUUGCAUCUGGUGGUGUGAUAUGUUUUUCCUCUUAAUCUCUAAAUGUGGUAGAUUACAAUUAUUUACUCUCCAAUUUUAAAAGUGAAAUAACUUUUUAAAUUUAAAAUUAAACUACAUUUAUGUGUAGAUAUACAUUGGAAUUUUAUUUGCUUCAAUUUUAAUAUCAGUAUAAAAUAAUUCUACCACCAUUUCUGUUAACUUAAAACCAGAAUUGGUUUGCAGGAUUCCCUAAAUGGAGCAACACUUUUAAAAUUCACUGUUGUACCACAUGAACACCUUAUUUUUGUUAUUAUUUUAAAAUUGUGCUGAAAUACACACAACACAAAUUUAUUAGCUUAACUGUUUUAAACUUACAGUUCAGUGGCAUUAAGUGAAUUUACACUGUUGUGCAACCAUCCAUUUCCAGAAUACUUUUCAUCUUGCAAAACUGGAACUUUGUACCCUGUACCCACUAAACAAUAACUUCUAAUGGCUCCUUUCCCCAGUCGCUGACAACCACCAUUCUGCUCUCUGUCUCUGAAUAUGACUACUGUAGGUAUUUCACAUACGUGGAAUCAUACAGUGUUUCUGUUCAUUACAGUUCUUUUGUGACUGGCUUAUUUCACUUAGCUU